AUGAGCAAGGUCCACCCUCCCGAACUGAAGAAAUUUACGGACAAGAAGUUAUCGUUGAAGCUAAGUGGUGGCAGACAUGGACAAGGAGGACUGCAGGGCUUCGACCCCGUCAUGAACCUUGUGAUUCAGAUGGCAACUAGCGCACAACAGAACGACAUCGGCAUGGUGGUCAUCCGAGGAAACAGCAUCAUCAUGUUAGAAGCCCUGGGAAGAGUCUAA